AGAAAACUACAACUCCCAGCGUCCCACAGCGACACACAACAACAAACGAGAGGGAGGCAGCAGCUGGGAGAGAAGGAGACAGACUGCGUGAAGUGGAGGAAAUAGAGAGAGAGACUGGGAGAGGUUUCCUUACUUAAAUGGGGGUUUUCUCCGCAGCAGAGGAGGACAACUGACGGAGAGAAAUCUGCUCAAAAUGGCUAUAAACCAGGAGGUGGAACGCAUCGCUAAAAAGCUGGAUAAAAUGGUGCACAAGAAGAACACGGAAGGAGCUCUCGACAUGCUAACGGAACUAAAGAACAUCAAGAUGUCUCUGGAGACCCUGCAGUCCACCAGAGUUGGGAUGUCGGUGAACGCGGUGAGGAAACACAGUUCAGAUGAAGAAGUUCAGACUUUGGCCAAAGUUCUCAUCAAGUCCUGGAAGAAACUGCUGGACGGUUCAGAGGGAAAGUCGGAUGAGAAGGAGAAGGAGAAGAAGAAAGAAGGCUCUCCUGUGAGGUCAUCGUCCACCUCCAAGGACUCUGGCAUGAACGAGAAAAGCAGUAAGAAGUCAGGGGAGUCCCCCUCCACACCCACCUCACCCUCCAUGCCCACUACACCCACCACACCCACCUCCCCCACUACCUCGACCCUACCCUCUCAGGUCACCUUAUUCCCCCCUGCACCCGUCACCACCAGCAGUGUGCGCAACAAGUGUCGAGAGUUGCUGGUGGCAGCGCUGCAGACUGAUGAUGAUCACAAGACCAUUGGAGUUCACUGUGAGCAUCUUGCAGCACAAAUUGAAGAGGAGAUCUUCCAGGAGUUUAAAACGACGGAUAUAAAAUAUAAAACUCGUCUACGAAGCCGCAUCUCCAACCUCAAGGACCAAAAGAAUCCGGACCUGCGGCGUAAGGUGCUGUGUGGACACAUCUCUGCUCAACGCAUCGCCUCCAUGACUGCUGAGGAGAUGGCAAGUGCAGAGAUGAAGCAGAUGAGAGAGGCUCUGACUAAAGAGUCCAUCAGAGAGCAUCAGCUGUCGAAGGUCGGGGGAACUGAGACGGACAUGUUCAUCUGCAAUAAGUGUCACGGAAAGAGCUGCUCGUACACGCAGGUGCAGAUCCGCAGUGCUGAUGAGCCGAUGACCACCUUUGUGUUGUGUAAUAGCUGCGGCAACCGAUGGAAGUUCUGUUGAAGAGUGUGUGUGUGUGUGUGUGUGUGUGUGUGUGUGUGUGUGUGUGUGUGUGUGUGUGUGUGUGUGUGUGUGUGUGUGUGUGUGUGUGUGUGUGUGUGUUUCUAUCAUGAAGCAAACUGACUAAAGUGAAUAGAUUUAAAAAAAUUAAUUAAGUUUUUUUUGUUUUAUUAUUUUUAUAUAAAAGUGAAAGCUGUAAUAUAUUUAGAGAAGAAGAUGCCAGUUCAUGUUGUGUAUUUGGUUUCAUUUGUUUUGAGCACUUAGAAUUUAUUUAUUUCUAGAUGAAGCUUUAAGCCAGAUUGAAAUCACAUUCAAGCCUUAUGGAAAUAGCGAAUGUGCCUUUCUUUGCCAUGUUGUGC